GGAAGUGACGUGUGAAACGCUGUCUCCGUGUGAAGCAUGUUGCUAGCGGGGUCACAUUGGACAUGGAUUAAUGCUAUAUAAUAUAAUAAUAAAUCUCUUUGUUUAAACAUUAAAACAGUGGAGACAGUAACAGCAGUGUAAAUGGAGACUUCUAAAGAUGAGCCACAUCUGAGACACGUGGAGCUAGAUGUGUUGAUCCCAAAGAAGAUGCGAGAGAAAGCCAAAGAGAGAUGCGCUCAACACGUGAAUGCGUUUACUGUCUGCUGUAAGGAUUCUGGUAUCUUAAUGCCGUUUAAGUGUCGUGAGGAAAACGCCGCUCUGAAGGAGUGUCUGAUACGCCACUACCAGGAUCCUGAAUUCUUCCAGGAGUGCAAGCAGGAAUAUAUUCAGGAGAAACUGGAAUACCAACAGACUGGGAUUCCAUCCAAGAGCAGGAAACAGAAGUUACCCACCAGUAUGUAGCUGAUGUGUGUUUUUAUCAGUGAAGCGGUAACUGACGGUCCGGCCGGUGUCUCGUGUACAGCAGAAAUCUCUUGUUGUGUUUAUAUUCAUGAUGAGCUCAUAUAUCAAUCACAACUAGCAUCUCAACCUCAUCAAAAUUCAUAGAAUCGCAUCAGAUGCAUGCACGACCUCUGGAGAUUUACUUUCUUAUCAUGUAAAAUAAUGUGGGCUUUAUUUGGUUUGUUUAAAGUACAAAAUGAUUAUUUGAUGUGUUUGUGUUUGGAUGGGUGUGAAGCAGAAGAGAAACGCUGAAAGUCACUUAAACAUCACAGUGUUUAGAUUUACAGCACUGAUUUAUAUUUACUGAAGUGAUUUAGUUUAAUUAGUUUCCUUUAAUAAUUUAAUAACUUUUAUCACUGGACUGCAAAAAACACACAUUUCAUCCUUAAAAUUUUCUACAAUUGUUUUUUUUUUUGCAAUUUCAAAUAAAAUGUCAACUUACCUGU